AUUAAAUAUAAAAUGAAAUAACCGCGAUAAUUUCAGCAGACUGAACACACAGAACGCACAUGAAGCGGCGAAGGGUGAACACAGCAGCAUAGGAUGUGGUUUUAAAGCGGGAGCUGCCAUGUUUUGUGGAGUUACUAUAUGAGACUUAAUGAGGACUUGUUGAGAAGAUGGUGCUGAGGAGCGGCGGUCGGAGCUGAGGGGAGCCGCGGUCGGAGCUGAGGGAAGCGGAGGUCGGAGCUGAGAGGAGCCGCGGUCGGUGCUGAAGAUGUGUGUAGGAUGCUCAGCAGCAUCCCCGUCAUCACCCCAUCGUAAAUAAAUGAGUCAACAUGGCCGCGGAGCAGCUCGCCCUGUAUCCCCGCUGAGACGCCGAAUAAAACAACACACAGAUUAAAUGGCGUUCAUGUCCCGGUUCUCCCGGUCCCGGAGCAGCUCCAGGUCGCCGAACCGAAAAGACUCGGAGCGCGUGUCCCCGACCCUGACCGUGUCCGAGCUGGAGAGACUCCUUUGCACUGGCAAAACGGCCUGUAACCAUGCCGACGAAGUGUGGCCACGACUCUACAUUGGAGAUCAAGAUAUCGCAUCAGACCGGCGCGAGCUGGCCAAACUCGGCAUUACACACAUCCUCAACUGUGCCCAGAGCAAGUGGCGCAGUGGAGCCGAGUAUUACUUCGGCAUGAACAUCACCUAUCACGGCAUCGAGGCGCACGACUCCCCCACCUUCGACAUGAGCGUCAACUUCUAUCCUGCUUCCGAGUUCAUCCACAAAGCCCUCACGGGUGGAGUUCGUCAGGGGUGUCGCGGGGGCUUUAAGCAGAUGUACGGGAGGCAGAGCAGAUGGGGGAAGCAAGUCAGCCUGAGAGCCUGGAUACAGGUGACAGAGACGGAGCAGGUGCUGGUCCACUGCACUGUGGGAGUGAGCCGCUCUGCCACUCUGGUGCUGGCCUACCUGAUGAUCCGACAGAACCUGACGCUGGUUGAGGCCAUCAAGACAGUGAAGGACCACCGGGGCGUCAUCCCCAACCGGGGUUUCCUCCGCCAGCUCAACGGCCUGGACGGCAUCCUGAGAGAGAGCCGUAAGACGUCGCCGCACAGCUGA